GCAGACUUACGAACGACCCCUCGUGCGCGGGCACUUCUUUGUCUAGUAGCCCAUUGCUCAGUUCUAGGAAACUGACCAAUUGCUUGAGACUUUCCACGGAGCCCACUACGAAACCACACGAUGGCAUCGUUAAUCCGAUUAUCCGCUCCAUGGCCGGCCAUGAUCACUAUCAUCGCGUUAUUCCUGGUCUCUCUCACGUCCGCCGACCAUUCGAACCUCACCGCGGGGGUGCAAGUGCACAAUCACAGCACCUCGCUCGGGCCGAUGACCUACGCCAAGAGCCCCGAGGGCCGCGGGACGUGGAACAUAAUCCUCAGCUGCACGGCGACGUUCCUCUUCUGUGUGUGGACGACGGUGCACCCGGACACGAUUCCGGCGUUGUCGACCUGGCACCGGUUCUUCUACCGGAGCUUGCUGAUGGCGAUUGCGGCGAUCAACCCCGAGGGCAUUGCGGUUCUCGCGUACAGACAGUGGCGCGAUGCGAGAAUGGUCAGGAAUGAGUGGCGGGAUUACUUCAACGGGAAAUACCCCACCAAAGACAGUAAGCCACAGGACCGCAUCGUACGGAAGAAAUUGAAGAAGUGGGCGAAUCUCAAAAUGACCACGGCGUUCUUCGUCGUCAUGGGCGGGUUCGUCAUCGACAGGUCUGAAGCCGUGUCGAAGAAACCUAGCAAGGAGAAUUAUUCUGGCAGGUUCAAGAAGUACAAGCUCAAUCCGGACGGCGCGGUGGACGAUCCCCAUUAUUUUGACGCGGUGGGCGAUCCCGGGCAUUUCAUGGCGACUCUCACGCCGAAAGGCUUUGUCAGAUACCUCAAGGCGGGAUACUUUGACGACUACAUCAACCCGCCAUUCCAAACAGAUGAUAUCAAGGAUAAGAACAAGGAGGAUUACUUUGGGAAGAUCUUGGCUUCCUCGCAGGCCUUCUGGCUGCUGGUUCAGUCGCUCCAACGAUACAUCCACGGCCUUACAAUAACUCUACUGGAGAUACACGUUCUGAUCCAAGUAGCCUGCACCGUCCUGAUAUUUCUGUGCUGGUGGCAGAAGCCAAUGGACGUCAACGAGCCCAUCCCGCUCAAGCUCAAACUAAAGCGCCAGCCCGAGAACGAGCAGGUAGACAAUGGGGCACACGGGUCUCGAGCGGACACACCCAGUGAUACCGGCUCGACGGAGGAAUACGAAUACGUGCAACCGUUCCUUGGUCUCACGGAGGAAGAGCUUCUCUCGAGAGAAGCGAUCGACAUCGGGCCGGGCUCGCCACUGCCACUGGACCGGGACUACACAAUAUCCCGCUCCCCAGCGGGCCUCUCCGCCGUGACCAACCGGGCCUUCUACGACAUAAUCGUGUACAUCACGCGGGUGGACAAGCUCACCUCUACCGGCAGCACCAACCCGCCGCUGCUGCGGCGCCUGAUCUCCGCGCUGAUCAACCCGAACAUGAUGUUCGUCGAAGGGCUGUUCAUCACGAUUCUCGCGGGACUUCACGCGGUAGCGUGGAAUCUCGAUUUUCCCACGCCGACGGAGCGGCUGCUCUGGCGGCUGUCGUGCGUGGGAAUGGCGGUGUUCCCCGCGGCGACGAUCCUCGCCGCCGCAAUGAACUCGUAUCAUACGGACCUGACUAAAGUGCUCUGGCGAAAUAGCAUGGUCGGCUGCAAACCGCUCGAGUAUCUGCCCCAGGCGCUUAUAUAUCUCUACGAGAUCGCUGAGGUCAGUGCGCAGAGUCGACCUGCACCCGCCGCCGGUGCCGGUGCCCUCCCGACCGCACAGGAAAACAAACCCCAAACUGUAGUAGUCACAGAGUCUGCUACGAAUAUCGAAGCGCAGACCCCCGCUGUCGACCAGCCGCUCCCAACGUCGAACUGGAGGAUCCUCCUGCAUGUGUUCCUGCUGAUCCUGUGUCUGCUGCUGCUGGCGGGAUAUCUGGUCUGUAUCCUCUUCAUCACUGUCGAGGGGUAUAUCAGUCUGCGGUCUCUGCCGGAUGAUGCGUUUGUGACCGUGGGUUGGACGGAUUAUUGGCCGCAUGUUUGAGCCUGGAGGGGGGGUGUGUGUUGAUAUGUAUUUUUUUGAG